GUUGUGUAAUACGAGUGCACGUCACUAUGAUGGGAGGAAAACCGCUGGAUAAAAAGCGUGGUAAAGCAUGUCGUACAGCUGAUUCUUUGUUUGGAUUUCCUAAAAAUGUUCGCGCAAAGCUGUAGUCGAUUUCCAAAGUUCCAGACUCGUUUGACUGUUGCUGCAAUACUGAAGUCACAUCGCAGCUACCGAACAACCCUCAUCCGCCCAAUGGCUACUAUCGCUCACGCGAACGAAUGGAUGAACACCUCCGGGGAGACGGCCCCGGUGUGGGUGCAUGACAUGCCAUUCUCUAAAUACCCUCGCUUCGAACCUUUAUCGCAGGACGUCUCAACAGACGUAUGCGUCGUCGGUUCCGGCAUAGCAGGUAUUUCGACUGCCUACGAGCUCAUCACCCGCGGCAAGAGAGUGACGAUGAUUGAGGCGCGCAACGUGCUGUCUGGUGAAAGUGGACGAACUAGCGGCCAUCUUUCCAACGCCUUGGACGAUGGCUACAGUGCGAUUGCGAAGAAACACGGAGCCGAUAAAGCGACCGUCGCAGCCGAUAGUCACACCUGGGCUAUUGAUCGGGCGGCAGACAUUGUCAACAAACUGAAACUUAAUUGUGAGUUUCGGUAUUUGCCUGCAAUCGAGAUCUCUCAGUACCCUCGUGGGGAUCCCAAGCACGACCGGGAAGUGGGCAUGCUUCGAGAUGAAGUCGACGCUGCUACGAAAGCCGGCGUAAGCGUUUCUUUCCGCGAGGGCCUUGCUGUCCACGGAUGGGACGGCGAGAUUGAUCAGCGGGACGGAGCCUUGUUCAUCGGUCAAGCGACCUUCCAUCCGACUAAGUAUAUGGUUGGUAUGCUUGAGUGGCUAAAGAAGCAUCCGAACUUCCAAUGUUUCACGCACACGCGAAUGGCGACUAUCGAUGAGAAAGACCAUGUUCAGGUUCGCACAACUAAUGGCCAUACAAUUACUGCAAGUGAUGUGGUAGAGGCCACCUGUAUUCCAAUUCAGAAGCUAAGCAUUGUUACGGAAUUGGAAUACAUGCGAACAUACUGUAUCGCCAUUCGAGUGCCCAAGGACUAUAUCGAGGACUGCCUUAUUUACGACCAGGCCGACCCGUACAAGUACAUCCGCUUUACCAACUGUGACAAGAAUGACGACUAUCUGGUGAUUGGAGGGUGCGACCACAAAGUAGGUCAAGAUCAAGUGGAAGGUCGCUUCCAGGAGCUAGAAACAUGGGUGCGCGACCGGUUCACCAGAGCCGGUUCCGUUGACUACAAAUGGAGCGGACAGAUCUUCGAGCCAGUGGACUACAUGGCGUUUAUCGGAAAGAACCAAGGAAUGAACCAUAGCUAUGUCGUUACCGGGGAUAGCGGCAACGGAUUGACACACGGUAUAUUAGCCGGCAAAUUGAUUGCAGACGAAAUUGAAGGACGCGAGAACAAAUGGGCAAGCCUCUACAACCCAAAACGACUCACGAGUAUCGUGAAGUCGGCCGCAGCUAUGCUUGAGCAUGACCUGCAGAUCAAUACUCAAUACAAGCGGUAUUUGCAGACGGACAUCAAAGAUAUCGAGGAUCUCGCGGUGGGCAGUGGUGGUGUUCUCAACAAGGCUGAUACGGCAGCACCGGCGGCCGUGUACAAGGAUGACGAAGGGCAAGUGCACCGCUUCAGUGCGAUUUGCCCUCAUAUGAAGGCGGUGCUCAGUUGGAACUCCGCAGAGAAGAGCUGGGAUUGUCCGGUUCACGGAAGUCGGUUUAGCUGCGAUGGUGUUUGCGUUCAGGGUCCUGCCAAGUCAAACCUGAAGCCCUUGGAUGACUUCUCCCAGUCCAAACAGCAGGAGCAAGAAGCAUUGUGAUGUCUAUAAUUAUCGAAUAGCAUUUGAUUAUUUAUUAUUGCGAGUGAAGUACAUUUGAAUGCACUGG